GUUCUCGUGCAGUGCAUGAGAGUGAAUGGAACCUCGUGGCAUGGACGAGACGUCGUGGGAUGUCGUCGAGGACCUCCAGUUCCUCCUUGCUUCGGAUGAUCAGCUCCAUGACGAGCUGUCGUACGUGUGCGAUCUCUUGUGUGACUCUAGCGACGCAAGUCCGUCCCCAUGGGACGGCCACGACGAGUCGUUGUCUCCUCUUGGCGCCAACACACGUGGCGGUGCAGCCACGACGACGGCCACAGAACAUGCCCCGAAACCCAAACCCAAACGAAUUCGAGCCAAAGUUCCCACAGACCAGACGUCUCGCGCUCGGCAGCAGCGUGAGAUGAAGGAACUGCGUCUUCAAGUCGACCGACUCAAGCGUCAAUUGGUCGAGGUAUCGUAUGCCCAGUCCCAGCGCGAUGACGCGUCGACCUGGGAGCGCGCUGCCCAUGACGAAAACAGGCACAAGAACCGAUCGAUCCAAGAAAACGAUCAACUUCGCGCCGCCGUGCAUGAGCAUACCUCGUUAAUCAGUGAGAUGACCCGUGUGUUGCGCAAGAAGCCUCGCCUUACCCCCCAAAUGGACAGGACGUCGGAAGCGUGGCAGUCCUGUCGCCUCGCAGCGCACAAAGCGCUCCGCGUCGCGGCCAUCCACGCGAUCGCGGACAAACAACUCGCGAUGCUGCAGACCAAGUUCAUUCGAGCAGGUGUAUUUGACCGCCCCGACGAUCUCAUUCGAGCACGUCCAUUGCCUCAAGUGAACGGAAGCGUCAUCGUCGAGUAUGUCUACCACGUCACGCUGGCGGCCCCGUGCCACUUGGUUGGUGACGCUGUGUGGAACGUGUUCAACGGGUCGGCGGCCGCACCAGGCGACUGUGCCGGUCUGGUCGAUGGCGCCGUCGAAACAUACGAGUUUCUCGAUCGUACAACGUUGUACCGAACGUUUACCAAAGUACGCGACGAGGCGGCGAGCGGCCGCCACGCAGUCAACACAGCCCAUUCGAAUGCGCUUUUCAAGUGCUAUAAACAGAACGAUCAGGUUGCGAUUGUGUGGAAGAGCGUGCUGGAAGACGCGCUGAUGCCGCACAUGACCAACGGUGCCGUGCACGACGAGUCCGGAUGGUGCGCUCGAUGGCUCAUGCCCACCAUCACGUUGUCGUUGUAGGGCUGUCGUCGCGCCGAUCACAGAGUCGACGUGCCGCUUGACGCUGGUCCUCGACAUCGUGGCAGAUCCUGUCCAUGAAGGCCGACCGUCGUCCGUGGACGACCUCGUCGUCAGCGCCACCACCAUCAUUGACAAGUUAUCGUUCAUGCGGCCACCCGACGAACAUGGAACGUUUCCUGGCGCGCCCGUCGAGCCCGACGCGUUGAUCGAUAUGUCGUUCGCCAAGCGGACGUUUGUCGAGCGAGGAAUGUACCUCAAGCUCAAGCUCAAACACGCCAUCAACACUGUCGUACGGGCUCACCAGGCCACGGACGCUUGACUUGUAUGAAUGGUGACAAUGCAGCGGUCUCAGUCGGAAAGCUCACGUUGAGCAGAAUUACGCGUGCAGAUUCUGGAGUGUGGC